AUGCCCCAAGCCAGGCUCUGCAGCUGCUGGGGCGGCCGGGUGCUGCCCCUGCUGCUGGCCCAUGUCUGCUACCUGCUGCUUGGGGCCACGGUCUUCCAGCUGCUGGAGAAACAGGCGGAGGCUCAGUCCAGAGACCAGGUUCAGUUUGAGAAGCUGCGCUUCCUGGAGAACUACACCUGCCUGGACCAGCGGGCCCUGGAGCAGUUUGUGCAGGUCAUCAUGGAAGCCUGGGUGAAGGGUGUGAACCCCAAAGGCAACUCCACCAACCCCAGCAACUGGGACUUCGGCAGCAGUUUCUUCUUUGCAGGCACGGUUGUCACCACCAUAGGAUACGGUAACCUGGCGCCCAGCACGGAGGCAGGCCAGGUCUUCUGUGUCUUCUACGCCCUGGUGGGCAUCCCGCUCAACGUGGUCUUCCUCAAUCACCUGGGUGCAGGGCUGCAUGGCCACCUGGCUACCCUGGAGAGGUGGGAAGAGCAGCCCAGGCGCUCCCAGCUGCUGCAGAUCCUGGGCCUGGCUCUGUUCCUGACCCUGGGGACGCUGGUCAUUCUCAUCUUCCCGCCCAUGGUCUUCAGCCAUGUGGAGGGCUGGAGCUUUGGGGAAGGCUUCUACUUCGCCUUCAUCACUCUCAGCACCAUCGGCUUCGGGGACUAUGUUGUUGGCACAGACCCCAGCAAGCAUUACAUCUCGGUGUACAGAAGCCUGGCUGCCAUCUGGAUCCUCCUGGGCCUGGCGUGGCUGGCGCUGAUCCUCCCCCUAGGCCCUCUGCUUCUGCACAGGUGCUCCCAGCUCUGGCUGCUCAGACUGAGGCAAGGCUGUGAAGAAGAAGCGGCUCCAGAUGGGACACACAGGGAAGGAUCUACAGCAACAAGAGUGACCCAGGUUACACCACAGGACUUCCUGGUAUGAAGAAGAGGCCUGGGAAACGGAAGACUCCCAGGGGACUCCUCAUAUACCGUGGACCCUUCCCGCAGGAAGGGAGUUAGGGGGCCUCUUCAGAAGCAGGGAAUGAACAAACCCACUGGUCAAGGAUCCUCUUGCCUCCCAAGUUCAUAGACAAGAGGUGAUCAGCUGGGGUCCUUCACCUUUGGGUACACAACGGAAAGGGGGUUGUUGCAAGAGAUCCAGGGAGGACUUGACAGGUGGCAAGUCUUGGUGAUAGUCCCAAGAUCCAAGA